AUGAAACAUUCAAUGGAAGGAAAAACUGUUUUAAUUACUGGAGGAUCGACUGGUAUUGGAUUAGGUAUUGGUAUUGAAUGUUUAAAACAAAAGGCUAAAACAUUGAUUAUUGUUGCAAGAAAUCAAGAAAAAUUGGAACAAGCAAAGAAGGAAUUACAAGAAUAUUGUAAAGGAAAGCAAGAAGUUAUUAUUCAUUCAUGUGAUGUUGGUGAUGAGGAUCAAGUUGACAAGAUGAUUGAACAUUUAUAUUCAAGUGCUAUUGAAAAUGUUGAUUAUUUAUUUAUUAACCAAGGAUUGUCAAUUCCAGGAUAUAUUCUCUCACAAAAGAUGGAGGAUUUCAAAUAUCAAAUGAAUUUGAAUUAUUUCAGUCAUGUCAUGCUUUCAAAGAAAUUUAUUCCUAAAAUGAUGGAUUUGGAAGCUGCUAGUGGUGGAGCAUUUGAUAGACAUGUCAUUUUCGUUGGAUCAGCAUGUUCAAUUGCAUCAUUUGUUGGAUAUGGAUCUUAUUCACCAACCAAGUAUGCUAUUAAGGGUUAUGCUGAAGCUCUUCGUAAUGAAUUAUUGGGAACUAAUAUUAGAGUUCACUUGGCUUUACCUGUUGAUACAGAUACUGAAGGAUUCAAGAAGGAAAAUGAAACAAAACCAAAGGAAUGUGCAAUCUUGUCAAGUCUCUCUGGAUUACAAACCUAUAUUGAAUCAGGUUCAAUGCUUGUAAAGAAUUUAUUGAAAUCUUCCAUUCAAUUCUAUGUCAUUUCCUCAUUCGACACCUACCUUCAAAUUGUUGGAGCUACUCUUGGUGUAGGACCAUGUGUAAAUAGAUUCAACUAUCCAAUGAUUGAUAUGUUCACAUCAAGUUUAUUCAUUCCUUCUGUCAUUUUGAGAAGUAUUGCCUAUUAUUUCGAUCAUAUGCAAAAACCAAAAAUUACGAAUUUUUCAUACAAGUUUGAAAUUUUGCAAAAGUUUGGUCCCAUUCUAACCCAACAAUUUGAAAUGUGCUAUUCAAAGAAUUUAAUGAUAGCAAGGACCAUGCUUUCGAAUGCAUCUCUUCUCUUUUUCGAUAUGAAUACAAAGGAAUUGCUUCAAUCAGUGCCAUUGAAAUUAAAUCCAGAAUUAGAUAAGUUUAUUUUGGAGGAAAGAAGAGACGGCUCUUGUUAUAUCUAUGCAAUAUUGAGAGAUUAUUCAGUGGCUUGCUAUGAUUUGGAUGAAAUUAUGAAAUUGCAGAAGUUUGGAAAUCCAAAAUGGAGGGUCGAAUCGAUGGGAACUGAAAUUGAUAUUUCCAUUAAGCAUUCAAUUCUAUUUGUGAUUCAUCCAUUCAGAGAGGAAGUAACACUGUUGCGAGUAGAGGAUGGAAGUGUUCUUGCUAGACAUCCUUGUUUGUGGGGAAAGAAUGAGUCAAAAGUUUUCAAAUUCUGUGAUGAUGAGAAUUCAACACUGUUUCACACUCUGGGGAAUGAAGGAGUUAUUGAAGGAUUGAAAUUUAAUAAGGAUUUCUCUCAAAUAAUUGAGAAAUUCAAGAUACCAUAUCAUGAUUGGUUGGUCAGUUGUAUUGUUUUUGAGGAACAGACAGGAAAUAUGAUUGCUUUGGGAAAUCAAUUAACUAUAUUUGAUAAUAAGCUUAAUAUUUUACAUGAGUUUUCAAAUGUAGGAGGAAAUCACAUGAGAUUUGAUAGAAAACAGGGACAUGUAUUAAUAUGUGGAAGUCCCUCACAUAUUAUUGUCUACAAAUGA